AUGGCAGUCCGCGCGUGCUUGUCGACGGGUCGGCGGCUGGUCGGCGGCGUGGUCGAGGGGAAGGUCGCCGGCGGCCGCAACUCCGCCGCCGUCGCUCCGCCGGCUCUGAUCGAGUAUCGGGCGUUGGGGGCGGCGGCGCAAAGCGGGUCUGACGCAUCCAUCGCCACGAGCCUCGCGGCGGCGGUCGUGGCACACCUGGCGGCGGCUCUCGGGGCCGUCUCUACGGCGCUCGACGCCGUGUCGCCGGCGGCCGCAACUCUGCCGCCGUCGCUCCGCCGGCUCAACCGAGUAUCGGGCGUUGAGGGCGGCGGCGCAAAGUGGGUCUGCAUGUUGUCCUUGCUGGGGACAGGCACGUGGAACGCACGUUACAUGUUUGAACGGCCUCCAGGAUUCAUUCAAAAAUAG